AUAGAUGUAGAUUGUUUGUGGAAACUACUUCUAUUAGUCAACGGCAUAUAAUUAAAAGUUGACUUUUUCUAACGAGGUAUUCAGGAAAUGUGAUUUUAACCGCUUCUCCCUCUGGAAACACAACUAGCUCUUUAGAUUAUCUUUGCUGGAAUUUGACAGAUCAGGUGCCUCUGUGGAAUGUACUAUGUAGUCAUUGGGUGUUGCAUGAGGUUAUUAUUGGAUGAAAUAAAUACUGUAUAAAAGUUCUGUUUUGAAAUGUCUGUACAAUUUCCUCCGUGUCCAGCUUCACUGAAGUCGUUGCAGCAUUAUCUAAAGGCGGCUGCUGAACAUGAUCAGCGCGAUCCAGUAAUCAGUUACUGGUGUCGCCUGUUCGCUUUGCAGCUAGGAUUAAAAAUAGAUCGCAAAUCGGAUGAAGCAAAGGCGUUGCUUACAUCUAUUAUGGACUGGCUGGAAACACAGAAGAAAGCGUUAUCAGACAAUGAAGCAGUGACAAACGACGUCGCAGCACAAGCACACAUCGAAAAUUAUGCCCUCAAACUAUUUUUAUAUGCUGACAGUCAGGACAGAGCUGCUAAUUUCGGCAAGAAUGUGGUGAAAGCCUUCUACACCGCAGGAGUCUUGUAUGACGUACUGACAACAUUUGGAGAAUUAACUGAUGAAGCGACACAGAAUCGAAAGUAUGCCAAGUGGAAGGCAGCCUAUAUACAUAAUUGUUUGAAAAAUGGAGAGACACCUGUACCUGGUCCGAUGCAAGAGAAUGAGAUGGACGAGAACACUAACCAACCAGGAGAGAAUACUAGUGCUGGUCCUGCUGCUGGAACUAGUGAAAAUGACAUGGGGAGCUUCAGCGGAAUUACAGGGACAAGCCAAAUGGGAUUUAUCUCCCCACCAGCAUCAUCAUCAUCUUCUUCUGCUGGCCCAAGUUUUCCCAAUGUGUCGAAUAAAGUGACAGACAUCCCUGCUCCAUAUACAGUUCCACAACCACUUACACCAACAGAAGGUUUGCCAUUAAAUCCAACUUUGCAAAUCAGUAAGCCUCUGCCAACAGGUAAUGGAAGUUCAGCUUCACUGAAUCCAGCACAGAUCACAAAGGCUCAGAAGUAUUGCAAGUGGGCAAGUAGUGCCUUGAACUAUGACGAUGUACCAACAGCCAUAGAAAACCUAGAGAAAGCAUUAGUUCUGCUUCGAACUGGUGCAGAUACGGGUUAAUUGCCUAAUUGUCAACAAACUAAAAAGAGCAGUUUCUGCAAUUUUUUAUGCUAAUAUACUUUUCAAACUAAAAUGUUUACAAAAUUAAAAGUUCCAUUUUACGAUGUGUUGUUAACUGAUGGAGAAAAGCUCAUAGUAAAUAUGCUUGGUACUUCGCUUCCUGUUGAUAAUUAUUGAAAAUGUAUGAUUUCUUGCGUAUGGGUAUGCAUGUACUAGCAUAAUUUAUGUAAAGUCAUCUUUGCGAAUAUAAAGAUAUUGAUUUUCAGCAAAUAAGUGGAAUUGUAGAUGUUUACAACAUAUAUCGUAAUUAUUUAUUGAUGACAAGAAUGGAAAUUCUUGGAUGGAACGAUACAUAAAAUAUGAAGAAGGCAACUGCUCACCUACAGCAAACUGAUGUGUGGCAGAUAGCCAUGUAACAGAAAACAGUAUGCACUCACCUUUGAGCUCUAGUUGUUCUUCUGGCAGCGAGUGCACACUCACAACCACACAGUUAACAAAACGCACACUAUUGUGACCACAGCAACAUAUGAAUGUAAUAUGGUUCUAGCAGACAUAGAUUUUUGUUUCGUUUCUCUAACAUUUAUUUUUCAAGGUAAUAAACUUACUGCAAUAUUUACAGCUCCCCCUUCUUCAAUAAAUGUUCAUCACUACAGUACUAACUUCCUAUCUGAUGAGCUCAUUUCUUUCUAGCUUUGAAUUACAUAUUGAGAGUCUAUGACCACAUUAAUUUUGAAAGCAAUAUAAGACCAUCAAUUCCUGUGCAUACUAUUUUCUGUUAUGUGUGUGUGUACGCCACACAUCAGUCUGCUAAAGGUAAAUGGUUGCCCUUCUCUUAUUUUACAGAUUAUUCAUUGAUCUAUUUUGUAAUCAGAUGAUCCAUACAUUAAAUAUUAAAGCUUACCUGAACUUUGUAUAUACCAAACAGUGGAAGAUCCAGGAUGGAAUGUAACAAUAUCAUGAAGAGGAAAGUUGCUACUCACCAUAUAGGGGAGUGCUUAGUCAUAGAUAGGCACAACAAAAAGACUGUCACAUAUAAGCUUUUGGCCAACAAGGCCUUUGUCAAAAACACUGUGUGUGUGUGUGUGUGUGUGUGUGUGUGUGUGUGUGUUUUUGACAAAGGCUUGUUGGCCGAAAGCUUAUUUCUGACAGUGUCUUUGGUGUGCGUAUCUGCAACUCGGCAUCUCCACUAUAUGCUUUGUGCAUACCAGAUACUUACAGCAAGCCUGGCAGGCUUAAAAAUGAAAAUAGUCCUGGUGCAAUUACGUUGGUUUUGCAGAUUGUGACUAUUGUGCUCUUCUUCUUGAAAUGUUGUUGUCUGUUUGUUUACUUAUAUUUAGUUAUUUAGCAUGACUUUCAUGCAUAUAAUCUGCUUGAAAUCUGAUGAAGCCAUAAUCCACUUACAUUUAAUAGGUUAAGUGUUCAGUUAUCAUCAAACUUGAGACUACCUGGUCCUAAGUUUCAAGGACUGUUAAUUCAUGCGGACUGUCAAAUAUUUAGAAUAGUGAAUAAGAUGAUUAACAAUGUUAGAUUGAAAGGCUGUGCUUGUAAUUUUGUAAUAAAGAUCAUGAGAGCUUGA